AUGAGUAGCAAAGGUCAAAGACCCUCGGCGAGGAGUAGAAGAUCCUCAUCUUAUGACAGGAAAUUGAGCAGGUCGCGACAGAAUUCUGUCACGUCAAUGGACUCCUCAGUGAGUCAUUUGCUUGAUGAUAACAAUCAAGAAAUGUGGUCGGGUGCUGCGUCGGAGGUUAUCCCUUCUUCUAUCACUUCAUUGCAUUAUCCUCAUAGCUUUGUGAACCGAAGGGGUUCGCGAGUGAUUCGUGAAACUUCACCAUUAUUGAAUGCAGAUGAGAAUGAUUUUGACUUGAGAUCAAUGGCAUCUCAAGCAUCAAAGAGCUCAACUGAUACAAUGGCCAAUUUCCGGUUCUUUUCUCCCGAUGAAAUUGAGAUGGCUCAAGGCGGCUCUACUUUGGAAAACCCCGAAGAUCCCGUGGACUAUAAUACGAACUGGGAUUACUCAAUUGACAAGUAUAUAAGUGGUGGUGGUGAAGAAGACGCGGUGCAGGAUGAUUUGGAAGCAGAAGGAGAAGGAGAAGCAGAAGGAGCAGAAGGAGAAGGAGAAGAAGGAGAAGAAGGAGAAGAAGGAGAAGAAGCAACAAGUAGUAGUAGAUACCAAUCACCUGAAGCUCCCGAUUACGGAUCUAUGAAUUUCGAACGACGUAAUCGUCGAAGUUCAGAUGCCAGCAGUGGAAAAUCUCAUAUACUAGACGAGGAUACAGAAGAAGUGAAUAAUAAGAAUGAGGAUUUUUAUAGGUCGUUUCCAGCUAACCUCGAAUCUCAAAGAUAUUACUUGGCAGAAGAAGAUUUGGUUAUUGGUAUUGCUGGGUAUCGGAACUCGCUUUGGAAAAAGGCCCUCUAUUAUUUAAUCUGCAUCGGUAGUUUGGGCCUUGGAUAUUUGAUUCUUAGGUGGUUUCCUAAAUAUCGUGUUAAUUUGAUGGGUACAAGGUGUCCACUUGGCUUGUCUGACUGGUGCGUUAUUGAAAAUGAAUUUGGUGAGUUGCUGAUUAUCGAUGUGAAAAAGCAAAGAUUUGAUGAAAGGCUUUCAAGCUUUUUGGUCCUACAAGAGAGUAGCGAUUUGGAAAAAGAUCCUGUAAUACCCACUAUGCAUUCAUUUGUUUACCGAUACAUCAAGUUUUUUUAUAAUCCAGCGGAGGACAUGUUUAAAACAAAUUCGAAUUGGUACGAUACAAGAUGGUUGAAUGUCAAGAAUAUCAAAGAUGGAAUUUCCCAAUCUCUUCAAGAACAAAGAUUAGAGGUGUUUGGUGAGAAUAGAAUUGAAGUGGAGGAGAAAUCGGUGGUUCAACUUUUGGCAGAUGAAGUUUUGCAUCCAUUCUACAUUUUUCAAAUAUUCUCCAUCUUUUUAUGGCUUGCUGAUGACUAUUAUUACUAUGCUUCUUGUAUUUUUAUUAUUUCUAUGAUUUCAAUAAUCAAUUCCUUGGUGGAAACCAAAUCAACCAUCAAGAGAUUGCAGCGGGUUUCUAGAUUUGUGUGCGAAGUUAGAGUAUGGAGAAAUGGAUUUUGGAAGCAAAUUGACUCGGUGGACUUGGUACCAGGUGAUAUAUUUGAAAUAGACCCUUCUCUAGGUGUGCUUCCAUGCGACGCAUUGCUUGUUAACGGAGAAUGUGUGAUUAAUGAGUCUAUGCUAACAGGAGAGAGUGUUCCUGUUUCUAAAAUGAGUGCUACAAGAGAAAUUGUUAAACUUUUGCCCGAGAAUUUUAUUGAUCCCGUAUUGGCACGGUCUUAUCUAUUCAGUGGUACAAAAUUGUUGAAAAUGAGAUCCGUUAAUGAUGAACCAGUUCAAGCAAUGGUUGUAAAGACAGGGUUCAACACUACCAAGGGUUCCUUAGUACGCUCUAUGUUGUUCCCCAAACCAACGGGAUUCAAAUUUUAUGAAGAUUCCUUCAAGUAUAUUGGAUUCAUGACCAUUAUGGCUGCAUUGGGAUUUGCGUACUCUACUUACAAUUUUAUCAAGUUAGGGUUGAGUACAAAGGUGAUGAUUUUGAGGGCAUUGGAUAUUAUAACUAUUGUUGUUCCGCCAGCUUUGCCGGCAACGUUGACUAUUGGAACAGCAUUUGCAAUUUCGAGACUAAAAAAGUCACAGAUUUAUUGUACGGCACCAAGCAGAGUUAAUAUUGGAGGCAAAAUAGACGUAAUGUGUUUUGAUAAAACGGGAACCUUGACCGAGGACGGUUUGGAUGUUUUGGGGGUACAUUUGGCAAACAAUGCUCAGGGGAGAAAAGAGAUUGUGUUUGAAGACUUGGUUUGUAAUAUUUCAAAUUUGAAAAUAGUGAAAAACGAUCCUUAUGAAACGAAUAAUGGGAAGUUUCUUUUAGGAUGUAUGGCUGCUUGUCAUUCUUUGAGAUUGAUCGAAAAUGAAGUAUUAGGUGAUCCUCUUGAUUCGAAAAUGUUCGAGUUUACCAAAUGGGACUAUAGUGAGGACUCUGAAUCUGGACAACCAACGGUUUCAAGUAAUAAUGGGACAGUUUACAAAGUUUUAAAAGAGUACGAAUUUUUGGCAUCACUAAGGAGAAUGUCAGUUCUUGUAAAGGCGGAGAAUAAUAAUAAUAACAGCAACAACAACAGCAGCGGCAGCAGCAGCUAUAAUAAUGAUGAUGAUAAUGAUAAUAAUAAAAAAUACGUUUUUACAAAAGGUGCCCCUGAAAUUAUGCUAGAUAUUUGUCAUGAGGCUUCACUUCCAUUGAAUUAUGAGGAGUUUUUGCAUCACUAUACGCAUUUGGGUUUUAGAGUGAUUGCUUGUGCUUACAAGAUAGUUGAAGACUCACAGCAGCAGUACAUGGAAAGAGAGGAUGCAGAAUCUGAGCUAACAUUCACCGGAUUUAUUAUUUUUGAAAACAAGUUGAAAAAAUCCACUGCCUCUACUUUAGAGGCUUUGAAUAAGGCUAAGAUCCGUAAUAUAAUGUGUACCGGUGACAACAUUUUAACUGCAAUUAGUGUUGCAAGAGAGUCCAAAUUGCUCCCUAGUAGUGUUCAUGACAUUUACAUUCCCGUUUUAGACAUGAAAGAUGAUAUAGGAUAUUUAUCCUGGCAAGAAGUGAACAAUCCAAACAAGAAAUUAGAUUCAGAGACUAUCAAGCCGAUGGAUAUUAGACAUGAUCUUAAUUACAAAUUAGCGAUAUCGGGAGAUAUUUUUAGAUUCCUCCUUACCGAAAUCAAAGAUGUCAAUACAAUUCAAAAUGUAUUGAUGAACUGUGAUAUAUUUGCGAGAAUGUCACCUGACGAAAAGCAUGAGCUAGUUGAGCAACUUCAAAAAAUUGACUACACUGUUGGGUUCUGUGGUGAUGGUGCCAACGACUGUGGUGCAUUAAAGGCGGCGGAUGUUGGGAUAUCACUUUCGGAAGCAGAAGCAUCUGUGGCUGCGCCGUUUACUUCUCGAGUUUUUGAGAUUUCCUGUGUUUUAGACGUGAUCAAAGAGGGAAGGUCGAGCUUGGCUACAAGUUUCUCCUGCUUCAAGUAUAUGUCAUUAUACUCGGCCAUUCAGUUUGUGACAGUGACAAUUCUUUACAAAUCAGGUACCAAUCUUGGUGAUUUCCAAUUUUUAUACAUUGAUUUGUUUUUGAUUUUGCCCUUGGCUAUAUUCAUGUCAUGGUCUAAACCUUAUCAUGAACUAUGUAUCAAAAGACCCACAGCAAAUUUAGUUUCACCUAAAGUGUUGAUAUCGAUGGUUUGCAACAUUUUAGUACUAUUACUAUUUCAAGUACUCAUAUGGCUUUGGGUUAAAAGAGAGCCAUGGUAUAUAACACCUGUACCUGGUACAGAUGAUGAAGUUCAAUCUUCGGACAAUACGGUAUUAUUUUUAUUUUCCAACUUUCAGUAUAUUUUAAUUGCGGUAGUACUAAAUCCAGGACCUCCCUAUCGUGAGCCAAUUUUGAGAAACAGGUUGUUUUUGAUAAACUUGGUAGUUGCAACUUUGCUAUCCGUAUCAUUGUUUGCGAUUGAUGAAGAUUCGAAAUUGGGACACUUUAUGCAAUUGACCAAUUUACAUGGAUCUUUUUACUGGUAUAUUGUUAUUCUCGCAAUAGUGAAUCUUUUAAUAAUGUUGGUAGGUGAUAAGACGUGGUUCCCCAAAUUAGCCAAAGUGUACAAGAGAAUCGUACAUAGAAGUUCAAUGGGGAACAGUAAAAAGACGUUUAAGAAUUUAAAAAGGGAAUUUGAACAAAUUCAAAAUGUAUAG